UUUUUGCUUUCAUCAAAAGGAACAAAAUUAUGUUCUCUUCUCCUCUAAUAUUCGUUCCCACACAGACACAGACUCUUCUCAGUUCUCAUGGCUCUGAAGAACCAUCAAUUUCUCUAAAAUGACAAUGGCGAAUUGCGACGGAGGUGGUUGUGAUCGAGGCAAUUGAGGAGAGACGUUGGUAUGCUUCUUGAUUCCCCUAUGGAUGUCGCUGCUCAUGUUCAGAAUCCUGAUAUGCAGUUAGGUGAAAGUACAAAUCUAAAAGCGAAUACUGCUAGAAAUGAAGUGAAUCAACUCAAAACUAGGCUUGAAGAACUUGAUGUUAUAGAAGACAUUGCAAUUGCUAAGAAAAAUUCUUAUGAACAAAUGGAAGAAACAAGACAAAAAGGUUGGUGGGAGUCGACUGAGCAGCUCAAUGGAGAUGAAGUGUUCAUAUUUGAAACUUGGUUAAAUGAAACUGGUUCCAAUUUACACCAUCGUUUGAAUCAAUUGGAAAUUGAAGCUUCGUCCUCAAUGAGAUAUGAAUCUUUUGGAGUGUGAAAUUUGAAAAGUUAAAAUUGCAAAUGAUUCACCCUAAAUUAUCACUCAUGGAUAUAUUAGGGAAGACUCUAGAAAGUCUAAAUCUA